AAAGCCGCUCGGUGCAGCUCGCCUGUUCACGCCUGCCAUGGUUCUACCCAGUUUUGGCUACCGCCCCCCCGGCGCCAUGAAGCAGCCCCCCAGCCUCACCCCCCCUCCGGCCUCUGCCCCCGUGGGGGGGCAGCGGUGCAGCGGGAGACCCCCCCCAGCCUGGGGAGCCUGCGGGCAGCCCCCGACCCCCGCCAGCGCCCCGCGGAGCCUCCACCUGCACCGCCAGGAGCGGGAAGCCUUCUUCAGCCUCCUGGAAGAUGACGUGGUGCAGGAGUUCCUCUCAACAGAUGUCUGCUAUAGGAUUUCUGAUAAGUACCUGCUGGCGAUGGUGCUGACGUACUUCAAGCGCGCCGGGCUGCCCACGGCCGAGUACACCCGCAUCAACCUCUUCACCGCCCUGUACCUGGCCAACGACAUGGAGGAGGACGAGGAGGAGCAGAAGUACGAGAUCUUCCCCUGGGCGCUGGGGCCGGGCUGGCGCCAGCUCUUUCCCCGCUUCUUGCGCCGCCGCGACCGCCUCUGGGCCCGCAUGAGCUACCGGGCGGCCGUCAGCCGGCACUGCUGCGAGGAGGGCCCCGCCGCUGCGAAGCGCCCGGGAGGGAGCGGCGCCGCGGGUUCAGGUAGGGAUGGGCGGUGCUGUUCCGUGUCGCACACGUGUCACACGCGUGUCACACGCGCGACGUGCGUGUGCUGGCCCUCCACGUGUCCCCUUCGCUCCCAGCUGUGA